ACAUACAGACACACGUACAUACACACAGGCACACAUGUACACACAGACACAUGUACGUACACACACGUACAUACACACACACACAGACACAUUUACAGAUACAUAUACAAUUGUACAUGCAUACACAGACAACCCCCCAUAAAAAGUUGCAGUACUUCGUUGUUAACUCACAGAUCUGGGUACUGCACUCUAGGGGGAGGCAGAGAGCACAGCACACAUUCCUUGCUUUGCUUUCACUGCACUCAGCUAUUGAGCAGUCUGACGAUUCCCAGUGCCAAUGGCAGAUCCGGCCUGAGCUCCGAGCCUGCUCAGCAAGACGGCCGUGGGGGGGCACACUCGCCCCCACCAUAAUUUCCACUCGCCAUUGGCGAGCAGGCGAGUGGAAAUUUCAAGCUCUGGCCUAAUACUUCU